AUGCCAAUAUCUGUGAUGCCAGUACCAGCUUCUGCAUCACUAUUGCCAGAACUAGCAUCAUUAUCAGAACUAGCACUACUGCCAGAACUAGCACUACUAGAACCACCAGAACCAAAAAGCCAUGAUGGAAUCCUUAAAACUUACACAGUUUUUUUUUCCACUUCUUAUGAAAAUAAGAAUGAUGUUGAUAAUAGAAGUAUAACUGAACAAGACAAGGAUGAUGAUAAUAAGGGCAUGACUGAUAAAGAAAAAAAAAUUGCUGAUGCAAUUGAGUUUGUGAGCAAAGUAAUUCAUGAGAAAAAACUUUCAAAAACUAAGAAAGCCUAUUAUACAGCAACUCUAUAUUUUUUCUGGUUGUUAUUUAAUGAUAAAAAAAAAUUUGAAAUUUCAAAGAUGGUUGCUAAGGUAGUUGGAGAUGGAUCAUGGUUUACAAGGUGUGUUAGGAAAUAG